CAACGAUGCGGAGGAAGUUUAAAGGGCUUAAGGUUAUUUACACUGUAACUUUUUCUUGAAGUAUUUUUAAUUUGUUUAGUUACAUAGUAAAAAAUGAGCAAAUUAAGUUUAAAAUAUAAAAUUCGGAUAUAGAGCUAUGGAAAUUGUAACUGUCGGUCAAUGUGUAUUAGAAUUGAUUCUAAAUGCCCUUGAUGUUAAAACAACUGGAAUAGCAGUUCGUUUUGACAGUGAUAAGAAAAAAAUUCAAGUUAUUGAUAGCGGUGAUGGAAUACCACCGGAUGUAUUUUUGAGAAUUGGCGAAAUUGAAAAAAAGAAUGUAAAUACAAGAGAAACAUGUUAUACUCAUUCAAGAAAGGGUGAAAGUUUAAAACAAAUUAUUAAUCUUUCACAAAUUUGUACUAUCAUUUCAAAACAUGGCGAGACAUCGACUUAUGAAAAAGUUUUCAAAAUCGGAGAAGAUCCAACUUUUAUUCAAAGUAAUUUACUUAAUAAAGGAACGGUGGUGACAAUUUAUGGAUAUGAAGGAUCCGGUUGGGAAUCUGCAUUACAUAGAAUUUAUUUUGUCGUCACAUCAUUGGCUUUAAUUUACACUGACGUUUCAUUUACUCUUCAAGAUGAAAAAGCGGAUAAACUCACUGUUGCAAUUAGUAAACCACACGAGCCAUACAGUAUUUUGAAUAUUAUUUGUCGACAGACAAUCUCUUUAAAAACAAGCUGGCAUUUAAAUAGUCAUAAUUCAUCAGGUUUCAAAAUUUGUGGCUAUAUUGGAUUUUUAGAAAUGAAUUCAAUUUUUGUUCGAAAUAUUUUUAUAAAUCGAAGACCCGCUAAUUGUUUACAAAUACAAAAAUUAAUUCUCGACACAAUGAAGGAACUUGGUGAUGAAUUGAAAAUUUCCUCAAUGGACAAUAUUUAUUUUGUAAUUUUCAUUCAAUGUUCAGAAUUGGAUUUUUUAUUAUCCAGCUAUGAAGGUAGAACUUUUGUCAUUUUUGAAGAAUGGUCAAUAUUUGCUGACAUUGUAAAAAAUUGUCUUCUAAAUACUCUAAGAAUUAAUUCUGAUAAUUUAAUUGAACCGGGAAGUAGUUCAUUUACAGAAGCUUUUCAACAUUACAACUAUUACAAAAACAAAGACGAAGAUUAUUUAGAAAAAACGAAUAAUUUAUUAACUCGGGAAUCAAUCAAUGAUUUCAACUUUUCUAAUCAAUUUCUUGAUAGAAGAAUAUCAAUAGCUACACAAACGUCACUACCACCUUCAGCGCAGAAAUUUAAUCAUGAAAAACAAUCAAAAACAAACAAAAUUUCGCAUAAUAGAAAAAAGUUUCCUGAUAAAGGAUUAAAAAUUGAAAAGCCAUUCCCAAAGAAAGGACCAUAUUCUAAAGCAAAUGGAAAAAAGAAAAAAGAACUAUUAAAAUUAAUAAAUGAUUCACAGGAAACUUUGGAAAAUCCAUUAAAAGUAAAAUUAAAAAAAUUAAAGCCACUUCAAAUUCAAAAAAAAAGCUUGAAAGACAUUUUUGACAGACAAAUCAGUAAAUCUUCAACGCUUAAUAAUCCAUUAAUUGUCAAUAAUGUAAAAAAAGAUACAGAUAAAGAAACAAAAAAAACUUUAAUUGAUAGGAAAUUAAAAGUGAAAAAAAAUUCAAAUUUGCAAAAAAAUGAUAAUUCAUUUAAAAAACCAUUUGGAAGUCAUAGAAUAACAAUGACGCAACUUUCAUUACUUCAAAUGAAACGUCGUGAUAAAUUACGUGAGCAAAAACAAAAAAGAGAAGUAGAAAAACAAAUUCUUUUAAAAAGAAAGCAGGAAUCAUUUUUAGAAAAUCAAGAAAAAAUGAACCAACUAUCAGAUUCAGAAUUUGAGUCCAAUGAAAGAAUUAUCAAAAAAAUGAAAAUCAACAAUGAUCAAAAAAUUAUUUCUCCAAUAAAAAAUCACGUAAUUAAUGAGAAAUUUUUCAACAAUCCUAAAGAAGAAAUUAUUGAAAAUCAAAAAUUAAAAGAACAAUUUUUUCUUUCAAGAAAAAAUCAUGAAAUUGUUGAAAAAUAUUUGAAAAAUCAGGAAAAAAGACCCAAUUAUUUUGUUUCUUCAGAAGAUGAAUUUUUUAAUCAGCCAAGAAUAAAUGAACAAAUUUUAAAAAAUAAUCAAUUUAAUGAACAAUUUUUUUCAAAUCAAAGACAAAAAAAUGAAAUUUCUUAUUCAAAUUAUUUUCCUGAGAAAAAAAUUAACAACAAAUCACAACAACAAAUUAAUGUUUCUGAAAAUAAAUUAAAUGACAAUUUUAUGGAACAAUUUUUGAAAAAUCAAAAAAAACCUACAGUACAUUCGGAUUUAAAAGUUUUCUUUAAUGAUGAAAUUAUGAAAAAAAUGAAAACCAAACAAGGCGAACAUGUUACAUUAACACAAAAAAAUCGUGAUGAUUUUAUGAAAGAAUUUUUAAGAAAUCAAAAAAAAAUUAAUACACUUUCAGAAUUAAAAUCAAAUUUUGAAGAUGAAAUUUUAAAAAAAUUAAAAUCCGAUGUUGUGAAAAAUAUCGAUGAUAUUGUGACAAAAUUUUGGAUAAAUAAACAACAAGAAAUGAAAAAUAAUUGUAAAAUUUGUCAUGAAGAAAAAAUUAUCAAUGUUGAUAAAUUAAGAAAAUUAAAUAAUUGCCAAACAGUCAUUAAACAUUUAAGAAAAAAUGAAAAAUAUUAUUUAGACGAAAAUAUUGAUAAUGAUAAUUUUAAACGUUCAAUUAUCAAUAAUCAAUUUCAAUUUGAGAGAAAAAAUCAAAAUAAUUAUAAAAAAGAUCAGAAUUCAUUUUUAGAGAAAGAAGAAAAACAAGAAGAAAACUAUAAUUCAAUGGAAAAAGUUAUUCAUCAACAACAAAAUAAAGAGACAAAUUAUUUUCAACAUCCAGAAAAUUAUCAUCAAUCAAUUAAAAUUUUUGACAAAAAUGAUGAUGAAUUUUUGAUGAAUCAAAAAAUUGUCACAAAUAAUAAUGAACAAACAUCGACUAUUUCAAAUCAAGAGACUGUUAAUCAAUUUGUUACAGAAUAUUGUAGCCAACUUUCUGAAUGGUCUGACUGGAAUUACGUCGUCCCAAUUUCCAAAAAUUAUGUUCAAUUUUCUGAAUCAAAAAAAAUAGACAAUCAUCGUCUUUAUUAUUUUUUGCCACCGAUAUUCAAUUCCAUGUUACGUUUUGGAAAAUCACAUAUUUUAUCGGAUGCAAAUAUUCAAAAUAAUGUGGAAAAUGUUUCAACUAUUUUUAAACCGCAAAUAAAACCUGAUCAAAUUGUUAGUCGUUAUCAAAAUUUAAAUGUAAGACUUUGCAUUGUUCCACAUCGUAAUGAAUUUAAAUUAAAUCGAAAAACAUUAUAUUCCGUUGAAAUCUUAAGACAAAUUAAUUCCGAAUUUAUAGCAGCAUUAGCAGUUCAAGAUAAUUCACGAUUAUUAUUAAUGAUUGAUCAACAUGCGGCUGAUGAAAGAAUUCGCUAUGAAGAUCUUCUUCAAAGCUAUAGAAUCGAAAAAACAAAACAAUACUAUUCAAUUGUUUUGGAUCAUCCAAUAUUGAUAAAUGAUAUGGAAGAAAAAAAUAUUAAAUUACUUUUUCUCAAUGAAAAGCUAAUCGCUAAAUUUGGCAUUAAAUUAAAAUUCAGUUCAAAUAAUUCAUUAAUGGUGACAAAUGUUCCUCGUUGUUUUCUCCGACGAAAAAGUGAAUACAGCGAAUUUAAAUUAUUUUGUUCGGUAAAAAAUCUUCUUACUGAUAUUGUCGAGAGUCUUGAAACUACAAAUGGCAUUUCUAUUUUACCAAAAUCUAUUCAUAAUUCUGUUGCCUCCGAAGCUUGUCGAGGUGCAAUCAAAUUUGGCGAUAUAUUAACGAAUGAUCAAUGCAAUUUAUUAAUAAAAUCGUUGAGAAAAGCUAAAGCUCCAAAUCGUUGUGCUCAUGGUCGACCGUCAAUAUUCCCACUAUUAGAUUUGACUGAUCUCAAAAAGAAACAACAAAAAUCCCACCAGAAUUCAUUCUUUUUGGUGAUUGAAAAAACAAAAAAUUAUUAUAAUGGAAUUUGACAUUCGUGAUAAGGAAAGAGAAAAUGACCUCUAUAUUUUUAUAAACCUUUUGACAGUUGACUUUGGAUUGUACCAGUUGUCGACAAGUGAAUAAUAUGUACGUUCAAUUUGGCACGAUAUCAUUCACGUAAUUUACAAGCUCUUAUUAUUACGAAUAUUGUGAUACACACAUAUAUAUAUAUGAUAGCAUCUCCCUUAAUUGUAAAUGCACUCUAGACCCUUUUUUUUUAACAAUUAUUUUAUUUUACUUUCAAAGGUCAUGAUCUUGAAUUUCCAUUUUAAAUGGAGAAAAAUUUUUAAGGAAAUUUAAUACAAAAAUUUAAUAUAGAUAAUUUAAUUUGAAUUUAAUAUAUAAUUGCCGCAAUAUUUUAAAUAAUUCAUUAAAGUAAAAAUUCCGUAAAAAAGAAAUUAAAAAAAAAAAAAAAUUUGAAAAUAUAUAGUUCAUAGAUAAUUAUUGUUAACUACAAUACAUAAUAGAAAUCUGAACAUUAAGACGUAAAUACGUAUUUUCAAGGAAAUCAUAUUCCAGAUUGUUAAUUAUUUUACUUAAAAUGGAAAUUCAAGACCUUAAAGAAAUAAGGAAGAGUCAUUUUAAAGGUCAAUAAACAUUUUUGCUGCAAAAAAAAAGCUUCCGGAAUAAUUUUUAAUUGAUUUUUAUUAUAAUAAUUUUCAAUAUAUUUUAAUUUUCUUCAAAAAUGAAAUUAUUUUCUUGAAUGAAAUUAGUUGAAAGAGAAAAUA